CUGUAUUGUCUAUUUUAAUCAUAUUAGUUUUUAUGAUUUUUCUUUCAAAUCAUGUGUGAUUUGCACAUAACUGAAGUGGCAGCUUGGCAUUUGUGACCAAAGGUCACAGACAGAUCAGACUGGCUCAUCCUGUGAACUUUCAUGGUUUUGCCAAGCUGUGUUACUUUUACUGAGAUAAACCAUUCACAGAUGUUGUGCGAACCCACUGGAUUACACAGGGAAAUCAUUGUCCUUUACAGGAUUGAAACACAUGAUCAAUUAUCUAAGAAUCUGUGUGACUCAUCCUGUCUUGACACAGAAUAAGGGUCUAAUUUUGAAGUGGAAUGGUUGUAUUAAUGUAAUCUAUGUAGCCAAUGUCAGUCUGCUCUGCCUGGCUGUUCCUCUUGUUCUUCUUUGUCAUCCUACAGGUUCUGGGAUUUGGACUUAAUAUCAAAAGUGUCAAAAUGGGGCGUUCGUCCUUGCUCUUCAUUUCGCUUACCGUGUCUCUCUCUUCAAUUGGAAGCCUCAUCACUUCACAUUUACUGGACAACUCUGAUUCAAACCGAAUAACUCGAAGCACAGGCAGAAACAACAAUGCUCCAGACAGCUUGGCCAGUGAAUUAAUCUUUCAUUCAGAGAGCAGUAGUGACUCUGCGGAGGGUGUUGAGAGUACAGCAUCACAGAUACUCAUCAUUCCAAAGAAGACGGAGCAAGCCAGCAAUGAAAGCCCUUCUGGGUCUGGAAUUCCUUUAACUAAAACACCAGCACUUACUCUGCACCACUCAGGCGCUCGUGAACAAGGAGCCGAUGAAGCUAAUACUUCAAUUACAGGAUACAUUCACUCCAGUGUGCACAUGAUCUCAGAGGAAGCUCUCUUGGAAGGCAGCCACAUAACAACUGAGGAACAAUUAAAAGAGAGGCAUACAUCCAUUGUAAAUGAUGAUUUUCUGAAUGGUUUGGACAGCCCUAAACUCUCUGUGCAAAGCAAUGCGUUAAUGUCCACUACAAACCAUUACCUGUCAGGACCUGGAGGUCCAUGUGUGCUUGGUCUGAGUCCUUGUGUUGUUCUUACAAACUAUAAUGGCACCAAUCUGCUCUGGGAUGACAUGAGACGCACACUGGCAUUUGCCUGGGAACUACAUGUCUUUGGAUCAGCCAGCCUCUUCAUAUUGAUGGCAAUCCUGGCAGUUAUGGGAAUGGUCGGUGCAUGCACUCUUCCUCAUCCCCUCUGUGACACCCUGACCUUAGCAAAUACUCUCCUGAUCCUCUGUGGAAGUCUGCGUGGUGUCCUCCUUCUACUUGAUCCUUAUGGCACCCGUCAAAUCCUGUCUCGUGCUACUCUGGCAGCUCUCCAUAAUCUCCCUCUGCAGCUCCUUCUGUGGGUGCAGGUUGCCAUCACAAUGGUCACACUGAGAGGGUUGAAAUUAUUACUUUUCCCGCUAAAACUGCAGCGCCCCUGGGUGGUUGGAGUGCUGGCUGUAUCCCAUUGCACUCCAUUACUUGUAGCAGACCUUUUCUCUACAACUUUAUCCCCCACUCUCCCUCUGUUGCUACAUACCCUCUCCCUCUCCUGGGGCCUCCCAUUCUGCAUGGGAAUCCUCAAGUCUUUCUCCUAUCGAUAUCCCCUUCUCAGGUCUUUUGCACCUCAGUGGGCUCCAUCACAGAGGAUUGAGAAAUGUGCAAGGCGAGUAACAGUACUGUGCGCCUUCCUCGGGUUUCUCUGCUGCAGCCUUCAGAUGUAUAGUCUCCUCUGGCUUUAUGGGCUUCUGGGGAACUGGAGGCGCUUUGGCUGGGGCUGGUGGCUUUGUCAGUUUUGGGCCAGAGUUCUUGAGUUAGCUUGGGGAUUUUCGUUGCUUGUCCUGGGGUCCUGGAUCUUCUGGACGCCAUCCAGGGGUCAUUCAAGGGGCUCUCAUGGGCAGGGGAGAAUUGAGGUGCCUAAAGGGAUGGAGGGGACCCGCUGGUGGGGUAGGGUCUUGGCCUGGAAAAGGAAUGGGCCACUACGAAAAUCUGAGAAAACCUUUGAAGACCUGAUGCCAAAUAACUGGGCAAAGUACAAGUUGUCUAGAACAGGUAUCAGCAACAAUUUAAUGUGUCCGUAUGAUGAUCAACCGUCUACCGUUACACAAGAAUACAUGCCUGAUCCUGUUAGUAAUAGCAGCCCUAACUUUCAGGCUACACCACAGUGGCAGCCAGGUGGUGAACGCGAAUGUAUUCUUUCACUUAUAGAAUUUUACAUGUGGCCUCCAUCUCCAGUUAACCUCAGACACAGCAUUGACAAUGCCCUUCACAAUAGACAGCUUGUAACAGGAGGUCUGUUCACACUUCCACCUCCCUCUUGGACUCAAACUGUGGGCACAAACACCGCUGAUGGAAACAGUGGUACAACAACAUUCCCUCCAGCUUAUGUUGGCUAUGGGUGGACGUUAGAUACAGAGUCUAUUUCUGCAUCUCUAGACUGCUUCCAAAGUAAAGACUCAGAGCUGAUGCAGUCACCCAGUAUUAUCACUGAUUAUGAGGGUAGUGUUGAGUCUCCAGCUGCUGCACAUCAGUGAAAAGAAUUUAACUUAGCACUUUCAGCAGUGAUGCGUCAGCAUUGCUGGUCUGAAGACAAUGUGAAAGAUGUUAAAGCUGCGUCUAACGUCAGGAGUACCACUUCUAACCUAGCCUCACACAUCUAGCCUUCAUUAAGUGGCACAAUCACAUAAUGUGGUCAGUUAUACUCUUGCGAUACGGCCUCAAGCAAAAACUGCUUUACUUGUGUUUUGGGGUAAUAUUGACAUAAUUUAAACGCCAUAUGUACAGUAUGUUUUGAAAUACACAGUUACUAUCUAUUCAUUGCAAUAUGACUUCCAUUUGGUCUUCUGAAAUAAAUGUUUGUUGUUGUUGUUCUAGCACAACUUAAUCCAUAAGUACAGUGUCCCCCAGUGGAUAUAAAUAGUAUAAACAAUGUGAAGAGUUUUAUAAUAUUUGUUUUUAUAAUGUUCGUUUCUACAUGCCGAUGCGUGGUAGACAGUUUUCAAUCAGUAAGUGUAAAAUUCCUAUCAUCUCAGUCACCUCUCUCCUGUUUGUAACAAAUGAAUAUACUAGCUAACUUCACUGGUUGAUUGUCAUGUGAGCAUUUGUUUGGCUCACCUAUGGUAAUAUGUGAAAGCUGCACUAUUUACCUCUGCGGAAAGAAAUAUGAUUUUUUGUUGUGUAUGAAU